CUGGCCUGAGGAUAAGGCCUUGCUGAGUUGUGGAAGAAAGAAGCCCCUUUGCGGCUUUUAAGGCUUCGUUCGUGCUGCGGACCCAAGGCUAGGCAUAAGCCCUAAACUGAGUUUUAAACUCGGGCUGCCCCCGCACUGCAGAAAUAAUCCGGUUUGACGCCGGUUUAAGUGCUCUGGCUCAGUGCUAUGGAAUCCUGGGAACUGUAGUUUAUUGUGGCACCAGAGCUCUCUCUCCCACAGACAGAGAAGGCUCAAUGUCUCUCUCACAAAACUACAGUUCCCAGAAUUCCCUAACAUUGAGCCAAGGCAGUUAAAGCGGCCUCAAACUGGAUUGUCUCUGCAGUGCCUUGGUUCUCUGUGGGUAGAAAUAGUGCAGUUUGAUGCCGCUUUAUAGCUCUGUGCUAUGGAAUCCUGGGAUUUGUAGUUUUUCCAGGUCUUUGGCCUUCUCUGGCCAAGAGUGAUGGUGCCUCAUAAAUCCUCCACCAUCUGUCUCUACACCUUAGAAAUAACACAGUUUGACAUCGCUUUAAGUGCUGUGUGAGUCGUAUGCCUCCAAGCUGCUUCUGAUUAAUGGAGAACCUUGGGUGGGCCUCUCCCAGGGUUUUCUUGGCCUUCCCCUGAGGAGGCUGAGAGAGUGUGACUUGCCCAUGGUCACUCAGUGGGCUGGGAAUCGAACCCUGGUCUCCACAGUUGCCGCCCAACACUCAAACCACUGGCCCACACUGCUGCUCCGUCCUGAGGGAUCCUGGCCUUGUACUUUUGCAAGGUACUCUCUGGUGGUGGCUCACAAAACUAGCAGCCCCACAAUCCUUUAGGAUGAAGCCACGGUGAUCAAAGUGGCGCCAAGCUGUAUUGUCUCUACAGCACAGAUGCACCCUGUGCUACGGCUGGGGAACAUGGGGAAGCAUCAGAAAUCGUUGUCACAACCGUCAUCCCUAGCCUUUGGGAAUACUCAGUUGGGGUUCGUUCUCAGUUCCACAGGGUUGUACUCUUUACCAAGGGGCGAGUCCUGAAAUAAGAGAACCUGGCUCCAGGUUAAAAUGACCAGUCUGUAAGACCAGUUUGGAAGUACUGUAAACUGUUUAUGGUUUAGUGGAACUUAAGCCUAGCCUGGUGUUCUCAAAAAUACAAUUAUAUUCCCAAGUGUAGAUCUUGACCCAUAUACUAUUUUGUUCCAGACAGCAGCAAUUGCAGAGCCAGGUCUUGCCUGAUUCUGAAAACUAAGCAUGGUUAGCCCUGGUUAGUACUUGGAUCGGAGACCGCCAAUGAAUACCAGGUACUGUGGGGUGCAUUUCAGAGGAAAGAACUGGCAAAACCACCUCUGAGUAUUUCCCGCUUAAGGAAAUUCUAUGAAAUUUAUGGGGUUGCCAUAAGUCGACAAGUGACUUGAAGGCGCAAACUCACCACAGAGAUACAGAAAGGAAGCAGGGUUAAUUCCAAUGGAGGAGCUGCAUAAUGUGUGCCCAAGCAGUCAAAGCUCCAACAAGGCAGACUGUAAGACCGCAGUAAAAUUAACAGAAGAAAAUUGCUGAAUAGCUUUUCCAGAAUGAAUUGUCAACAGAUGUCUCUGUGAUUUGGCACAUGAUGCAGAUCCAACAGUACCAUUGUUUUAAAGAUCCACCCCUCCUGCCUUGUCAGCAACUGUAAUAAACUUGCUGAAAGCAGUGACAACAACAGAAGAGAAGAAAGGCAGAAGCAGUGUUCUGAACUGCACUGUCUUGCCGGAGACACUGAGAAAUCUCUACAGCUUCAGCCAAGCAAAAACUAGACAGAUGGACAGGUUGAAAGGAAAUCUGUGAAAUUUCCCCUUACAUAAAUAAUCCACAAGUAUGAAGUAAUUUUUACUGCUCUUUGAGGGAUUAAUGAAAGGACAACGUAAGACUGCUAAAGAAGAGAGUUAAAUUACAAGGUUUGUGAGAAUAAUCUGCUAGCUAAGAAUAUGGGCAUAAAGGUUAGAGAAACUGCAAAAUGUCCUGCACCAAGCCCUAGAAGCAAUCUGAAACAGGCCUGGAAAUUCCGGGACUCAGUGAAGAUAACCGCCUUUAUACUGGGCCCUGGCCUGCUAAUGUUUGUUGCUUUCAGGAACUCUCUCAUGUGGCACCUGCAGAAAUUUUGGAGAGCCUCUGGCUUCUUCUGGCAGACUCAGUGGGAAACUUUGUACAACCUCCUGGGUGGAAAUGAGUGGGCAAUUUUCAUUUUAGGCCCUGUCCUAACUCCUACCUUUGUAUUCUUGGGCUUCAAUGCAAUAUGGCUGACAGCAGAUGUGACUGGAAGGCCCCGUUUCAUUACACAAUACCGAAUUCAGCUGGGGAAGAAUGACCCUGUUGACAAAGAAAAAUUGUACAAUGCCAUCCGCACUGUCCUGUUCAAUAUGGUUUUCAUUUCUUUGCCCAUUAUGAUCCUGCUAUUCCCCAUCAUGAAAUGGAGGUGUGAGCCAUGCCAUUUUCAGCUGCCCACAUUCCACUGGUUUCUUCUUGAACUGGCAACAUUUACCCUAAUAGAGGAAAUUCUGUUCUACUACUCUCAUCGUCUUGUUCACCAUCCUUUCCUCUAUAAGCACAUACAUAAAAAACACCACGAAUGGACUGCGCCUAUUGCCAUAGCAUCUCUCUAUGCUCAUCCACUGGAACAUUUGGUUACCAAUAUGCUGCCUAUUAUCACUGGCCCAGUCCUCCUAGGAUCUCAUGUUACUUCAAUCACAGUGUGGUUGUGUCUUGCCCUUAUGUCUAGCACACUCUCACAUUGUGGCUACCAUUUACCUUUCCUGCCCUCACCGGAAUUCCACGACUUUCAUCAUCUCAAAUUCAACCAGUGCUAUGGAGUCCUGGGAGUACUAGAUCGCUUGCACGGAACAGACACAAUAUUCAGACAGUCUAAGGCCUAUGAAAGACAUUUUAUCCUUUUGAGUUUCACACCACUCACAAAAAGCAUCCCCGAUUCCCCUAAAAAACUGGAGUGACUCAUCUUUAAACAGAGUACGCCAUACAGAGUAUCCUUUUCUAUCCAGCUAUCAUCUAAUCACAGCAAUGAGGAGAUGGCUGUAUCAAAAAAAAAUUUCUAGUGAGGCAUUCCAUCACCAUGAGCAAGAGAUAGAACUGGGCUUAUGCUAAGGCUAAGAAAGUUAUCAAGGUGAAACUCAUAUAUGCACAGUUCCAGAAAACAAGUGCUAUAUAGCAAUUGCUACAACUGAUCAGUGAAACAUCUGGAAGUAUGACUUGACUUCUACCAUGCAGGAAAUAAUUAUACUUUCCACCUGGCAGAAAAUGAAUAUGACAGAAUUCUAGGGUGUGAUGCACCAGUUCAUCCAGAUCCAACAGAAAGAACCAAGAGCAAGACCUUUUGGAAAAUUUACAUCCAAUCUCAGGAAAGUAGCUAGCUGCUUUGUUGGCCUUAUACAGCAUGCAGUGACUCCAGGGGCUUCAAACCUGUAUUGCUCCCAGCAUGAGAAAUGAAUCCUAGCAAUGCAAACUUCCAAGAUAUCGUACUCUUGUGCCUGCAGUAAGACGCUCCAUUAAGAAAAUACAACUGCAGGAAAUGAAGAAGAAUAAAAAUCUUCAGGCCAGACAUCUCCCAGUUCUCUCAGAGCUUUCUGAGGAGAUGGAGACUAGAAUUACCAGAGCCAGAGAACCUUGCAAUACAGAUUGCAUUGUACUGUACUAGGAAAAUGGUGUAAUCAGAGCAAGUAGCUGUUUUGUAACCAUAAAUCAGGUGACAACACAGAACCAUGCUUGUGUUUGUUCUCAUAUUAGACUGAUCUGAUUAUCACAAAAAAGAGAUGAGAAAAGGCAGCUAUGGAAAAAAAAUUACCAGGCAGAACUAGAACCCCUGCUUUCUCAUGUUUAGUUUUAUCUGUGCAUGGAACUUUUGAGUAUCAGAGACUGAAGAAUCCUAAACAUUGUGAAGGGAUACAGGCACUACUAUUUUCUCCUAUCAUCCUUUGCAAAAUAGUUUGGCCACUCUGGCAACCGGGAAUCUUAUUGAGAUGCCACUUGACAUAGAGCUUCUGCUAAAAAUGACAGUUCUGUAUUAAGUCCUAUCUUGUGGUGACAGAUUAAGUGCUCUUACCUGUGCUGCUUUGUGAUUGUUAACAGAUUUUUCUGCUGUAUACGCCACAUUGUGAUUAAAAGAGUUUCAAAAUAGAAAUGAGUUACAAA